AUGGGGACGAUGUCCUCUUCUAUUUCCCAGACCCUGGCCCAAGCCUUGUUUAUACCCCAGGGGUUGCCUGCUAACAUGGUCACGGCAGAUAAGUCAGCACCAACGGCACGCAAAGUCACGACCAAGAUGAAACACGUCUCCCCUCACUCAAUGAAUCAGGCCUUGCCUGAAUUGACUGACACGUUUGAUGCAAUCCCAGAUGGCACGAUACUGCGACCAGAAAACGGAAACGGGCACGGGCCCGAGAGGAAGGGUCGGACAGCGACCAGAGUCAGGGGUCUGAGUUAG